AUGAAGGAUCCUCCUCAUGUGCUGCAGAGCCUAUACUUUGGUGAUACUGAACGAAGUAAACACUUCCUUAGUAAUAUUCGAAGGUAUAACAACAUGUUCUGCUUCACGUCUCUGGGCGGUAGAGUUGAUAGGUCAUUGAACACCGGUACCGCUCCUCCGCUUUUUAGGAUUAGUGGUCAAAAUUAUCACUAUAUUGGAAGCUUGGUUCCAACAGAAGGGUCGACAGCAAAAUUUGCUCAACUAUAUAUUUACGACACAGAUAAUGAGAUUAACAAUCGCAUCAUUCUGUCAGGCAGGCGGAACAAGGAUGGAAGGACCUACAAUUUACUUACCGCUCAUGAGGUAGCUGCACUUAUUGUCGGGGAUCUGGACGCAUCAAUGGGUAAUGUAGACAUAUUGAUCGAGACCAGGACUGGGCAGUUGAAGAGAAUAAACCAAUUGAACCCUGCAUAUCUGCCACUACAGUACCGAAUAAACCAAUUGAACCCUGCAUAUCUGCCACUACAGUACCCUUUGUUGUUCCCUUACGGUGAAGAUGGUUAUCGCGAAGAUAUUAUGUUCUCUGAUGCAUGGCGUGAACACCAUCAUGGUGGCAUUAUGUUCUCUGAUGCAUGGCGUGAACACCAUCAUGGUGGCAGGAUAAGAAUUAGCCCCAAAGAAUAUUUCUCAUUUUAUAUACAUGAGAAAGUAAAUGAGAAGCAUACAUUGUUAUAUUCUAGGAGGUUAUUCCAACAAUACUUGGUUGAUGCAUAUACAAUGAUCGAAUCUGCACGCUUGACCUAUAUUAGAACUCAUCAGAAGGUGUUGCGUUGUGAAGCUUAUCAGGGGUUGAGCGAUGCAUUGACAAGAGGAGAAUUAGACCCCAGAGCUCGAGGUAAAAGAAUUAUACUCCCACCAUCAUUCACAGGUGGAGCUAGGUAUAUGAUUCAAAACUAUCAAGAUGCAAUGGCAAUAUGCAAGCACAUCGGUUAUCCACACAUAUUUAUUACUUUCACCAGCAACCCAAAGUGGCCUGAGAUUGAGCGGUAUGUCGCAGAACGUGGCCUUAAAGCCGAGGAUAGACCUAACAUCGUUUGUCGCGUGUUUAAGAUUAAGCUUGAUGCGAUGAUUGAAGAUAUCAAGAUAGACAAGUUGUUUGGCGAGAUAUGUGGAGUUAUCUACACGAUUGAAUUCCAAAAAAGAGGGCUCCCUCACGCUCAUAUCUUGCUAUUUGCCAAAAGAAUGAAUAGGGCAAAUUCUGCGAAGGAAAUUGACGCCCUGAUCUCAACUGAAAUACCUGACCCAGAUGCUGAUGUUGAAUACCAUGAAGCAGUCAUUGAAUUCAUGUUCCACGGACCCUGCGGAGUACUUUGGAAAAAUUCACCGUGCAUGGUAGAUGGAAAUGAUAGGGUCACAACAGAAUUCAUGAGUAGUUCAAAGAAUGCUCUCAAUGGUAAUGUGGUCGAUGAGAUUAACAUGUACUACGAUUGUCGCUAUAUAUCAACAUGUGAAGCCACGUGGCGGCUAUUUGGAUACGUGAUACAUUAUCGAACCCCACCUGUUGAGAGGUUAAAUUUUCACUUAGAGCACCAGCAGAAUGUUGUAUAUAGUGAAGAUCAGCCCUUGGAUGAGAUUGUGGAAAACCAAACGGUUAAGCAGAGUCAGUUCAAAGCUUGGUUUGAGGCGAACAAAAAAUACGAAGACGCUCGGUCACUCACUUAUGCUGAGUUCCCCAGUAAGUUUGUUUGGAGACAAGAUCUGCGUGAAUGGCAUCCGAGGAAAAGAGGCUACUCCAUAGGACGAUUGUUCUAUGUUCCGCCAGGGUGUGGAGAGUUAUACUAUCUUAGAUGUCUUUUAAAUUUGGUACGCGGACCUUUUAGCCAUGAAGAUAUUCGCACUGUUGCAGGAGUCAUUCAUAAUUCGUUUAGGGAUGCGUGUUAUGAAUAUGGAUUAUUAGAUGAUGACAAGGAGUACAUUGACGGCAUUAUUGAUUCGAGUUACUGGGCAUCCGCGUAUGCUUUGCGAAGGUUAUUUGUUACGCUUCUCACUUCAAGUUCACUCAGUAAGCCAGAAGUAGUUUGGAAUGCCGUUUGGGAAUUUCUUGCGGAGGAUGCACAGGUUCAGCGUCGACGUGUAUUGCAGAAUCCAGAGUUGAUGCUAUCGGAUUCAGAUAAAAAACAGUUUGCUCUUAUGGAGUUGGAGAAUUUGCUAUCUUCGUGGGGAAAAAGCCUGAAAGACUUUCCUGAAAUGCCAAUUCCAGAUGAAAGUAGCAUGGGUUUGAGUGAAAACAUGUUGAUAGCUGAAGAGUUGGCGUAUGACAAGGAAUCUUUGAUGUAA